AUGAGUGUCUCUGUGCUGAGCCCCACUGGACCACUGGGGAGUGUGUCUGGGCUCCUCCAAGUGGUCACCCUGCUCAGCCUGGUUCUGCUGCUGCUCAAGGCAGCCCAGCUCUACCUGCGCAGGCAGUGGCUACUCAAGGCCCUGAAGGAUUUCCCGUCACCUCCCUCCCACUGGCUGUUUGGGCACAAGCAUGAGUUUCAAAAGGAUCAGGAGCUGCAACAUUUUCUGAAAUGGGUAGAGAAAUUCCCGUGUGCCUGUCCUCGCUGGCUGUGGGGGAGCAAUUUUGCCUUCCAGGUCUAUGAUCCCGACUACGCGAAGGUGAUUCUGGGGAGACCAGACCCAAAAUCUCAUGAGCCCUACAGAUUCCUGGUCCCCUGGAUUGGAUAUGGUUUGCUUCUGUUGAAUGGACAGACAUGGUUCCAGCACCGGCAGAUGCUGACUCCAGCCUUCCACUAUGACAUCCUGAAGACCUACGUGAGGAUCAUGGCUGACUCUGUCCAAAUUAUGCUGGACAAGUGGGAAAAGCUUAUAACCCAGGACCCAUACGUGGAGUUCUUUGAACAUGUCUCCUUGAUGACCCUGGACACUAUCAUGAAGUGUGCCUUCAGCUACCAGGGCAGCAUCCAGUUGGACAGGAACUCCCACUCCUACAUCCAAGCUGUUGGGAACCUGAACAAGUUAAUUUGUUCACGUUUGAGGAAUGCCUUCUACCAGAGUGACUUCAUCUAUAGGCUGACCCCUGAUGGUCGCUUGAGCCACUACGCCUGUCAGGUCGCCCAUCAGCACACAGAGCAAGUGAUCAAGCUGAGGAAGGCUGAUCUGCAGAAGGAAGGAGAGAUGGAAAAGAUCAGGAGGAAGAGGCACUUGGAUUUCCUAGACAUUCUGCUAUGUGCAAAAAUGGAGAAUGGACACAGCCUGUCCGACCAGAACCUUAAAGCUGAAGUGGACACAUUCAUGUUUGAGGGCCAUGACACCACAGCCAGUGGUAUCUCCUGGAUCCUCUAUGCCCUGGCCAUGCACCCCAAGCAUCAGCAAGCUUGUCGGGAGGAAAUCCAGAGCCUCCUUGGGGAUGGAGCUUUUAUCACAUGGGACCACCUGAACCGGAUGCCCUACACCACUAUGUGCAUCAAGGAGGCUCUGAGAAUCUACCCUCCUGUGCCAAACAUUUCCAGGGUGCUCAGCAAGCCCAUCACCUUCCCUGAUGGACGCUCCUUACCCAAAGGAAUCAGAGUCACACUGAACAUUUACUCCCUUCACCACAACCCAAAAGUGUGGUCGAACCCAGAGGUGUUCGAUCCUUCCCGGUUUGCACCGGGCUCUGCUCAACAUAGCCAUGCCUUCCUGCCCUUCUCAGCAGGAUCAAGAAACUGUAUUGGGAAGCAGUUUGCCAUGAAUGAGCUGAAGGUGGCCGUAGCCCUGACCCUGCUCCGCUUUGAGCUGUCACUGGACCCCACCAGGCUUCCCAUCCCUGUUGCAGAAAUUGUGUUGAAGUCCAUGAAUGGGAUCCACCUGCACCUGAAGAAGCUCCUCUAA